GCUCACCGCCGCAAAUCAGAGUCAUUUGCGCCUGCUAUCGAGCUCCUAAAGCCGCAUCCGCAGGAAGAGACCACAGGAUGACAGAAACAGCUAAAGAAGUCCCAUUUCAGUCUUAACAAAAUAUUCAAUUUGGGGAAUUUUUUCUUCCUUUUGUUAUUGCUUAAAUAUUUCUCAAGUUCUUUUUCAAUCAUGACCAAAAUAUUUUCAAAAUUACAUCAAGUAACUGAUAAAGCCAGAAGGAUUCUUUCAGGAGCCAGAAACAACCCGCUUUUCUGUGUGUGUUUCAGGAGCCACGUAAACAUGGUGGAGCACGGCUCUUAUUCUAAAGUUCAGGCUCUUAACGACCUCUGUGCAACCACCUUCACGCCUUCGGGGAUUCCUUCUCCUUCUUCCCCAGCUAUCCGCAAGCUCUGUUCUCUUCUGGACACAAUUCAUGCUGCUGAUGUAGGGCUUAAAGAGGAAAAUCCAGAUGAUGAUUGGGGGCAUGGCUUUUUCGGGCUUGACCGAUUAAGUCAGGCAGCUCGAUGGUCUCAACCAAUUACAUACAUUGAUAUUUAUGAGUGUGAUAGUUUUACGAUGUGUAUAUUCUGCUUUCCUACUUCCUCAGUUAUUCCGCUCCAUGACCAUCCUGGCAUGACUGUUUUCAGUAAAGUUCUCUAUGGCUCCUUGCACGUGAAAGCUUAUGAUUGGGUUGAACCUCCCUGCAUUUAUGAAAGCAAGGGAUCUAGUUGUCCACCAGUAAAGUUGGCAAAGCUAGCAGUGGAUAAAGUUUUGACAGCUCCAUGUGGGACAUCAGUCUUAUACCCAAAAAGUGGGGGAAAUCUCCAUUGUUUCACUGCAGUCACCCCUUGUGCUGUGCUUGACAUUCUCACACCACCUUACAUGGAAGAUGCAGGGAGGAAAUGUACUUACUACCAUGAUUACCCUUAUUCUUCCUUCUCUACAAGAAAUGGAACUGAGAUAAGGGACGGUAAAGAAGACGACUAUGCAUGGCUUGCAGAGAUGGGAACACCAGACAAUCUUUAUAUGCGCCAAGGUGUAUAUACAGGCCCAGCUGUUAAUGUUUAGCUCUUAUUGUUAAGAGAAAUCCAUGCAUAUAUCAAAUUCAUAUGCCUCUAAAUGAAGAAGCCAAUAGAAUUUGUCAUUUGAUCUAAUUGCUAUGAUCUAUGCUUUGUUUGAAAAUUAUUUCCACACAUAAAAAAGGGUAUAAUUCCACAUGCUAAGAGUGGUAAUGCAAUGAUGCCUAUCCCCUUUCUUUUA